CUUAAUUACCCUGAACUCUCCCAUUCACAUCUCACAUUCGGAGACGAAAAACGAAAAGAAAAAUACGAUGGUCACCAGUCUGAAAAGCUCUGGUGAUAGUGAUACUCAUGCACAAACUGGAUCCAGCUACAACCGCAAAGAUGAAUUGAAGGCAUUUGAUGACACAAAAGCAGGUGUAAAGGGACUUGUUGAUGCCGGGCUGACUAAGAUUCCAAAGAUAUUCAUACAUGACAACCUUAAGCUCGGUAAAUCAGGGUCUGCAGAGUCCAAUGUUACUAUCCCAGUUAUAGAUUUAGCUGGCGUCAGGAAAGAGGCAAAUUUACACUCCGAGAUAGUUAACCAAGUUAAAAAUGCUUGCCAGAAAUGGGGAUUCUUUCAGGUUAUCAAUCAUGGCAUUCCAGUAAGCAUGCUGAAUAAAAUGAUUGAUGGGAUACGUAGAUUUCAUGAGCAAGAUACUGAAGAGAAAAAAAAGUUUUAUAACCGUGAUUACCAAACUAGCAAGGUGCUAUAUAAUUCCAAUUUUGAUUUGUACGUAGCACCAGCUGCUAAUUGGAGGGAUUCUUUGAGUUGUGUUAUGGCUCCUAAUCCACCAGAUCCUGAAGAAUUGCCUGAAGUAUGCAGAGAUAUAAUCUUUGAUUAUACGAGAAUGGCUAAGGAACUAGCACUUACUCUAUUUGAAUUGAUAGCUGAAGCUCUUGGUCUCAGUCCAAAUCACCUGAAAGACAUGAGUUGUGUAGAGGGACUCUUCUGUGUGUGCCAUUACUACCCGGCAUGCCCUGAACCAGAAUCAACCAUGGGCACUAGCAACCAUGCUGAUAGUAGCUUCCUCACUUUGCUUCUCCAAGAUCAUAUUGGUGGCCUCCAAAUUCUCCACGAAAAUCAAUGGGUCGAUGUUACUCCAAUUCCUGGAGGUCUAGUCGUAAAUUUGGGAGACAUGUUACAGCUAAUCUCCAAUGACAAGUUUAAAAGCGUGAAUCACAGAGUGCUUGCAAAAAAUGUUGGUCCAAGAAUUUCAGUGGCAUGUUUCUUCAGACCGCAAUUUCAAACAGAGAAUUCUUCAAGGCUGUACGGUCCAAUCAAUGAGUUGCUAUCAGAAGAAAACCCGGUAAUAUAUAGGGAAACCACCACAAAAGAAUUCAUGACGCACAGUUUCUCAAUAGGGCUUGACGGCACCUCUGCUUUGGAUUAUUUUAAGCUAUGAAGUAAUUGGUUGGAGAUUUGAUGAAUAUUGGCAUUGCCAGGCUCUUCAAUAAUUGGAAAACAGUUUCCGCUGGCUUUAUGCAUCGUGCAUAGACUUGUAACAUUAAUGAAUUGGGUCAGAUUUUGUGUUGGCAAUUCUACAUGUCAUAAUAUGCCGGCAAAUUUUAUGAAAACAAGCUUUGGUAUGGUAUAGCUUAAAAUAUUGCGAUGACGACGCAUG